AACCAAACCUCCAUCAACUCCACUUUUUCGUUCGUUUCGCAAAAUAUUCUCUCUAAGAAAUACAAAUCUUCAUCUCCAAGAGAUAUAUAUAUAUAUACAAAAAUCUCGGUGAAUUUGAUAAUAGUGCGAGUAGUAGUAACGGCAGUGUCGUGGAUAGGUCGAAUAUGGGAUUAGAAGACGUGAAUAUGCAGGAUAUUGAUGAGGAUCUACAUAGUAGGCAGCUUGCGGUGUACGGCCGCGAAACGAUGCGGCGCUUAUUUGCGUCUAAUGUUUUGAUAUCUGGAUUGCAAGGGCUCGGUGCCGAGAUCGCAAAAAAUCUUAUACUUGCUGGUGUCAAAUCUGUGACAUUGCAUGAUGAAGGCUCGGUGGAGCUGUGGGAUUUGUCCAGUAAUUUUAUUUUUUCCGAGAAAGACGUUGGUAAGAAUAGAGCUCUAGCUUCUGUCCAGAAGCUGCAAGAGCUCAACAAUGCUGUGCUUGUCUCUACCUUGUCUAAAAAGUUGACAAAGGAGCAACUUGCAAACUUUCAGGCUGUGGUCUUUACUGAUAUCGACUUGAAAUCAGCCAUCGAAUUUGAUGAUUACUGCCACAGCCAUCAGCCUCCUAUUGCUUUCAUCAAGACCGAAGUCAGAGGACUUUUCGGUAACAUUUUCUGUGAUUUUGGCCCUGAGUUUACUGUAGCUGAUGUUGAUGGUGAGGAACCACAUACUGGCAUCAUUGCAUCUAUCAGCAAUGAGAACCCUGCACUUGUGACAUGUGUUGAUGAUGAGAGACUGGAGUUCCAAGAUGGUGAUCUUGUCACUUUCUCUGAAAUUCACGGGAUGGCAGAACUUAAUGAUGGAAAACCUAGAAAGGUUAAAAGCUGCAGACCAUAUUCAUUUUAUCUUGAAGAAGACACCACCAACUUUGGCACAUAUGUGAAAGGUGGUAUAGUGACACAAGUCAAGCAACCCAAAGUCCUGAAUUUCAAGCCUUUAAGAGAAGCACUUAAAACUCCAGGCGAGUUUCUGCUGAGUGACUUCUCUAAGUUUGACCGCCCUCCUCUUUUGCAUCUAGCAUUCCAAGCACUUGAUAAGUUCAUGAGUGAUUUGGGGCGGUUUCCUGUUGCUGGUUCAGAAGAUGAUGCCCAAAAGCUGAUUUCUAUAGCCACCGCCAUGAAUGAGAGUUUGGGAGACGGAAAGUUGGACGAUCUGAAUCCAAAAAUUUUGCGAGAUUUUGCUUAUGGGGCACGAGCCGUACUUAAUCCCAUGGCUGCCAUGUUUGGUGGCAUAGUUGGUCAAGAGGUUGUCAAGGCAUGCUCUGGAAAAUUCCAUCCACUUCUUCAGUUCUUUUACUUUGACUCGGUUGAGUCGCUUCCUACUGAGCCAUUGGAACCGAGCGAGUACAAGCCCUUGAACAGUCGUUAUGAUGCACAAAUUUCAGUAUUUGGAGCUAAAUUUCAGAAAAAGUUGGAAAAUACCAAGUCAUUUGUUGUAGGAUCUGGUGCGUUGGGAUGUGAGUUUUUGAAAAAUUUAGCCUUGAUGGGUGUAUCAUGUAGCACUGAAGGGAAAUUAACUGUCACUGACGAUGAUGUCAUUGAGAAAAGCAAUCUCAGCCGACAAUUUUUAUUUCGUGACUGGAAUAUUGGGCAAGCAAAGUCCACUGUCGCUGCCUCUGCAGCUGCAUUGAUUAACCCCAGUCUUCAGAUUGAAGCUUUGCAGAAUCGUGUGGGCCCAGAGACGGAAAACGUAUUUGAUGAUACAUUCUGGGAGAAUUUAAAUGUUGUCAUUAAUGCUUUAGACAAUGUUAAUGCGAGACUUUAUGUUGAUCAAAGGUGCUUGUAUUUCCAGAAGCCACUUCUCGAGUCUGGUACACUCGGUGCUAAAUGCAACACUCAGAUGGUUAUCCCCCACUUGACAGAAAACUAUGGGGCCUCCAGGGAUCCACCAGAAAAGCAAGCACCAAUGUGCACCGUACACUCAUUCCCACAUAACAUUGACCACUGCCUGACUUGGGCUCGUUCAGAGUUUGAAGGGUUACUUGAGAAAACUCCAGCGGAAGUCAAUGCCUAUCUCUCAAACCCAGAUGAAUAUACAACUGCAAUGAGGAAUGCCGGCGAUGCUCAGGCUCGGGAUAAUUUAGAACGGGUUCUCGAGUGUCUCGACAGGGAAAAAUGUGAAACGUUUCAAGACUGCAUCACUUGGGCGCGCCUAAAGUUUGAGGAUUACUUCUCCAAUCGUAUGAAGCAAUUGAUAUUUACAUUCCCGGAAGAUGCGGCUACCAGUACUGGAGCUCCAUUUUGGUCAGCACCAAAGCGUUUCCCACGUCCACUGGAGUUCUCUGUUUCUGACCUUAGCCAUCUAAACUUUGUAUUGGCGGGCUCUAUUCUUCGUGCUGAAACAUUUGGAAUCCCUAUUCCUGAUUGGGCCAAGAACCCUAAGAAACUGGCUGAAGCAGUUGAUCGGGUCAUUGUCCCUGAUUUUCAACCACAGCAGGGUGUCAGAAUCGAGACUGAUGAGAACGCCACCACUUUAUCAUCUGCAUCUAUAGAUGACAGUGCAGUUAUUGAGGAAUUAAUCAAGAAGAUAGAACAGCGUAGAAAGACUCUUCCUUCUGGCUAUAUCAUGAAACCUAUUCAGUUUGAGAAGGAUGAUGACACAAAUUACCAUAUGGAUUUCAUAGCUGGACUUGCUAACAUGCGGGCCAGAAAUUACAGCAUCCCAGAAGUCGACAAGCUUAGAGCCAAGUUCAUAGCUGGAAGAAUUAUCCCUGCAAUCGCCACCUCAACAGCAAAGGCCACUGGUUUGGUUUGUCUUGAGCUAUACAAGGUUAUUGACGGUGGUCAUAAGGUGGAAGACUAUCGUAAUACUUUUGCCAACCUAGCACUUCCUCUUUUCUCCAUGGCCGAACCUGUCCCAUGCAAAGUCAUUAAGCACCAGGACUUGAAGUGGACCGUGUGGGACAGAUGGGCGAUUCAUGGGAACCCUACAUUAAAGGAACUCAUCAAAUGGCUUGCAGAUAAGGGACUUGAUGCUUACAGCAUUUCAUGUGGAAGCUGUUUGCUGUACAACAGUAUGUUUCCUAAGCAUAGAGAACGAAUGGACAAGAAGGUGGUGGAUUUGGCUCGGGAUGUGGCUAAGAUGGAGAUUCCGCCCUAUCGCCGCCACUUGGAUUUGAUGGUAGCCUGUGAAGAUGAGGAGGAAAAUGACAUUGAUAUCCCACAGGUAUCUGUAUACUUCCGUUAACUGCCUAAUUAGGCUAAUCCACAUUUGCAUAGCAGAAGUGUGGUUACAAUUGAAGAUGGUUCCUUGUAUUCCGGUGAAGUGACAUUUAUAGGUCAAGUGUUGCACUAAAAGUGACUCACUAAGUGCUGUGCACGGUUCUGUAACACCUAAGUGAUUGCUAUUUUGGGCAUUCCCUGUUUCAUAUGCAUUUGUUGGGAUUAUGACAUUUUGACUAGCCAUCCAGUUUAAACCCUUGUGAAUUUGGCUGAACAAUGUUUUAUAAGCAAACUUGACUCGUGUAUGAAGGGUGAUGUUUUGGUGGUGGUCAAACAUUUACUACCAUAAUUGUUUCAUAUAUAUGCAUAACUGCAUAAUGUGUUGUCUGCUUAA